AUGAAUGAUCUAAAUCUAGUCGAUUAUGUGGAUAUUACAGGUGAAUUUUUCGAGUCUGUAAGAACUAUUCACGAUAAUAAGGUUGUUCAGUCCCCAUUAUUUAAUUUGUUGGAAGGAACAAGAGCUGUCGAAAUUGGUAAUAAGAAAUUAGACACUGGUUUGAUACCUUUAAGUGAAAUAGACUAUAAUUUUGACACUUCUUGUCCUCAAGACGUUGAUAAGGUAAUUGGGAUAAUCAAUGGUUUGGUCCGGCUGUAUACGAGCUGGCUAAAUAAUUCUUCGUUGCCAGUAACUGUAAUGUCAUGUCGGUAUGUCCAGACGUUGUUAGAAAAUUACCAAGGCAGUUUGAAUGAUUGUACAUUUGAAAAUAAGAGACUCCCAAAACAAGAAAACUAUGACAAAAACAGUGUUGAAUGGAAGCUAGUCCAUAAAGUGUUAAAUUCAUUUAUCUUAGGUCUUGUUAAAUUUGUAGGUACAUCAUUACAUAUUGCAUUCAAUACGUUAUAUGAAGAAGAAGAUCUAACUACGAGGAACAUGGAUUUAGACUUUUUGACUGAUAUUCCAUCUGAAUUCAUAGUCAAAAAAAUUAAUGAAUCAAUACAUUGGCUUAAUCAAGAAAGUGGGAUUGAAAGUCAGAAGAAAGAAAUAUUAUGUGAAUAUCUUGAACUUCUGAACAGAAUGCUUGACAUACAACUGAUAUUGGCCAUUGCCAUCCCAAUAUUUGAAAAUGAUGAUAAGAAAAAGAUUAAAAAUGAAAUACAAUUCUUGCAAUUGGGUCUUAAAAAUAUUGAAAGUUUAUCGAAAGUGGAUUUUGAUAAUUUCAAAUUACCUUGUGGAAGUUUUUCAAAGUUCAUACAGUUUGACUCCAAUAAUAGAAGUAUCCCAGCUGAAUUAUAUAUGACUACAAAUGAGGAAUGCUUUCAAAAUUUACAAAUGAUGUUUAAAUCUAUCUAUAACUACGUUAUUGAAUCAAACGAAUUACUUAAUGUUAAUCAUUUCAAUCAAUUUUUAAAAUAUGAUAUUUCUUACAAGAUAAACUCGGAAUAUAAUGCAAUUUCCAGAGGAUUGUUCCAGUUAUAUUUAAUUCGAGAUGACAAAUCGAUUCUAGGGUCGAGAGAAACAAUAACAUCAAUGGGUAUGAAACUUAUGGAAAAUACAUCAUGUUUGCAAUCGCUGAUUUUUCAACCUGAUACUUGGACAUCAAUUCAAGGUACUGAUGAAUAUAUAAAUACUACUAAAGAGGAUAUAUUAAUUAAGUUGAAUCAAUUGUUAAGUGAUAUUGAAACUGGAAUAUACCACAAUUUAAGUUCCGUCACGAACAAUAGAUGUAGACAGAGACAGCUUAUGUCAAGGGGUAUAGUAAUCUGGGAUACAUUACAAGUUAGUUCUGAAUCGCUAGAGCUAGAAUUGUGGCAACAAUAUGGGAUUGGUGAUAAAAUCGAGGGGCCUGAUUCUGCAAGGGAUGACCCUUCAUUACCAUUAUCGUCAUUUGUUUAUCUUACAAAGUUGAAUGUAAUGUUAGAAGUCGCAUUAAGUGGUUUCGAAACAAAUAUUUACAAGCCAUUUGAAAUGAGUUGGAUGUAUUGGUACAUCUCAUACUUGACUCAGGUAAUUGCGGAGUUUUACUCUAAUCAGAUAGAAUCAAUUAAUAACCUGAGAACAUAUUCUAUUACUACAUCUAUACCAAAGAAGAUAAAGAAAUUAAAAUCUGGCCCUAAAAAACAGAAAUUAAAGCAACAAAAUGAAAUUCACCAAAAAAUUCAUUUGCCGAUGCUUGAAAAAAUAAGUGAUUACAACAAAAACUAUGUCAUUGAAUCUUAUAAGGGUUUGCGCAUGUUAAGUGAUGGUGUGAGGAUGUUAUUUAUUAUGUUACAUGCGUUAGAGGUUACUAGCAUCACCCCAUCUUUUGAAUUAACUUCGCUAGAAAAGAUAUACAAUCUUCAAAUGAAGCCAUGGUCCUCAGUUGGGGUGCCUAAUUUGCCACAUUAUAGACAGUAUGAGAAAUCCAUAAGUAUAGAUUUUUUAAAGAAGUUAUCCCAUUCACAAAAACUUGAGAAGAUCAAACAAAUCCUUGAAACAAUUAUCGAUAAAUUUAAUGAUAGCAAAAAAAUCUAUAUGUCGAUAAUCAAGAUAAUCGAAGAUGACGAUGGAGAGCAAUUUAUAGGUAAUGGUAUAAUUGAGUGGUAUAAGUCGCUAAUUAAGACGUGUGUGAUGUAUUCGCUUGAGGUGAACAACAUAAUAAAGUUGAUUGACGGUGGGUUCAGCAAAGAUGAUUACGAUCUUGAAAUUGGCGAGGGAUACCAUAGGUAUUUUCCAAAAAUAUUUAUUAAAUUAAUUAAACGAUAG